AUGUCACAACAAAUCGCGGAGAAAGCAGUGCUACAGGACCCAUACGACCCGGUUGGCCUGCCGGACUACGAUCGAGAAUUCAUCACACCGGAAGAGUUGCACACCUUCGAGAAAGCACUGAAUGUUCCAGAGGCGUUUGUGGCCAUAAACGACUGGCGCCCGAUCAACCAACGAGUACGCAAGACCCGUGGCCGUCGCAAGAAUCCGAAAAGAAGCCGAGAUGAAACGAGAGAAGGCGUCCUGUAUACCCUUUUGAAAUGGCCCUUGUUGGCUUUUGUUCUUGCGUGGAUCGCCGUGCUUAGCUGCGGCUACGUCCUCGUCCGCGUCUACAUCGUCUUGUAUGAGCAAUGGGUUUCUUGGCGUGGAAAGAGACAGCAGCUUAGGCGAGCACUCUGGGAUCAGAAAGAUUACCCGAGCUGGCUGAGUGCUGCCAAGGCGUUGGACGCCUAUCUGGGAAAUGACAAGUGGAAGGAGACGGACGAGUACGCUUACUAUGAUCAUCUCACCAUAACGAAGGUGUUGGGUCAGCUGAAGAGAGCGAGAUACGAGACCGAGCGGGAGUUGAACAGUGGCACGCGUGCCGAGGAGGUACCGGCAAUUGAGGAGAUUCGUGCUUUGCUGGAAGCCUGUGUCAAGAACAAUUUUGCCGGCGUGGAGAAUCCUCGACUGUACAGUGAGGCCUACUCUGGGACGAAAGACUUGGUACAGGAAUAUAUCGACGAGGUACAUACGUGCAUCCAGCUGGUCCGGGACUGCCGCGAAAUCGACAAAGAAGUCAAGUACCAGCACUUCAAGCACCUCGAUACCAACUUUGGACGCACCGCGCUCUGUCUGUCGGGUGGAGCGACCUUUGCAUAUUAUCAUUUCGGGGUUGUCAAAGCUCUUCUGGACGAGGGUGCUUUACCAGAGAUCGUGACAGGAACCAGCGGAGGUAGUCUUAUCGCAGGUCUGGUCGCAACCCGAAGCGAUGAAGAGUUGAAGCAGUUGCUAGUCCCGGCUCUAGCUCACCGAAUAAGGGCAUGCAGUGAAGGACUAACAACUUGGGUCCCCCGUUGGUAUCGGACCGGUGCUCGGUUCGAUACCCUCGAUUGGGCUCGGCAAUGUAGCUGGUUCUGCCGGGGAUCAACGACGUUUCGAGAAGCCUAUGAACGGACUGGCCGCAUCUUGAAUGUGUCUUGCGUACCCUCGGACCCCCAUUCACCAACGAUCCUCGCAAAUUAUCUGACUUGCCCGGAUUGCGUCAUCUGGAGUGCGGUACUGGCAUCAGCUGCAGUCCCCGGCAUACUGAAUCCGGUCGUUUUGAUGGUCAAGCGGGAUGGGAAGUUACAGCCUUUUUCUUUUGGCCACAAGUGGAAAGAUGGCAGUCUGCGAACGGAUAUUCCAAUUCGAGCUUUGAACCUCCACUUCAAUGUCAACUUCACUAUUGUCUCGCAGGUCAACCCCCACGUUAAUCUGUUCUUCUUCAGCUCCCGGGGAACCGUAGGGCGCCCAGUCACGCACCGCAAGGGCCGUGGCUGGCGCGGUGGAUUCCUCGGCACCGCGAUCGAACAAUACAUCAAACUGGACCUGAAUAAAUGGCUUCGAGUCUUACGGCAUCUUGAGCUGCUCCCACGACCCCUCGGCCAAGACUGGAGUGAGAUCUGGCUGCAGAAAUUCAGUGGCACUGUUACUAUCUGGCCCAAGAGCAUCCCCAGCGAUUUCUUUUACCUUCUGUCAGAUCCCAGUCCCGAGAGACUUGCCCGAAUGAUAAAUGCUGGCAAGCAAAGUACAUUCCCCAAAAUUCAGUUUAUCAAGAAUCGCCUCAAGAUUGAGAACGCUAUCAUGAGGGGCCUCCAGCAGUAUUCCUCGACAGGAGGCCGCUCACUCUCUCCGAUAUUGUCUCGCCGGAUGCAAGCUCCGGAGCUUGAACCUGCGGACGCGCUAUCUCAGAGAUUGGACGCAAGCUUCCCUGAACGGCACGAAGAUGGUGAUUCGCGUUAUGUUGAUGAUAGCAUGUCCCACUCAACGGGUUCUUCUCGCCCUCAGACCCCGACCCGGCGGGGUAGCCUUAUGGAGGAGAUACGACGCCAGUCCGCGGUAUUCUUUGACGACCCGGACAUCUACCGUGACGAAGAUGCUGUUGUCACCUGA